GAUGAUGCGAUGUCGGAUAAAGCAUAUCGUGCCGAAUCUUCGCCAAUAUCUCAAAUCUGCGCAAAAUGAGAAGUGAAUCACUGCAACAGACCCCUAGGGCGUCUUCACAGCUUCAAAUCAACACCAUCACUGGGGUAUUCUAUGGAAUAUUUCUCCUUUUAUCAUCUAUGGAAUACACUGUCUCUAACGCUUUCUCUGAUGAUGGGCUAAGCCGCGGCUCGGAAGGGAUUCGCUUCCCUAAGUACGAUGGGGUUACGCGGGUUUUUCAGUUCGGAUCUUUAGACAUUUUUGAGAGGAUUAUCAAGAAGAGACAGAUAGUGGUUGUGCUCUUUACUCUGCCGAAAACUGAUGACCCUGUAUCUGUGCGGACGUGGAAUAUCAACGAUUACAUGUUGGAGGUGACGGCCCAGGUGAUGCAAAAUCGUGACGUCACCAUCGGUUAUGUUGACAUUCUGGAAAAUCCAGAUAUCGCGGCGAAUGAGGGCGUGAAGAGAGACGGUGCCAUCCAUGUCUAUCGCGGAGGGCGCCGUUUGGUUUUCUACGGCCACAGAUCUCCCGAGGUGCUGAUUGCAUUUCUUCUUAAGUUGUUCGGUAAGCCUGUCACAAUCCUUGAAAGCAAAUCUCAGAAGAAGAAUUUUGAUAACGCCGAACCUCCAAAAGUCAUCGGUUACUUCCAGGAGAAAAACACAGGUUAUAAAGCUUUAGAAGAAACAGCCAAGAAUUUCCAGCCAAACAUUCCUUUCUAUGCAGUUUUUGAUAAAAAGAUAGCCCGACAACUGAAGUUGAAGACGUUCGGUACCAUCCAUUUUUACAAACCAUAUGAAACACACGUCAAAACAGUCCCAUCCAAUCCUGCCAUCUCGAGUGAAAUCAUCAAUUUCAUAUCAGCCAACAGACGCCCCAUCCUAAAGAGACUUUCACACGAUGAUGUCCAUUCGACUUGGAUGAAUCAUCCACACUCUCAUUUGAUAAUUGCGUUUAUCCGUCCCCAAACGGAGGACGGAAUGGCAUUCUUUACGUUGCUCAAGAAACUCGCCCGAGCCAACGGCGAGAAUGAAAACAUCAGUAUCGUCUGGAUCGACCCCGGGCCAUAUCCUACGAUGCUGGAAUACUGGCAACGUACCUAUGGUAUAGAUGUCCUCCAGUCGUCCAUUGGCCUCGUUAAUAUUACUGAUAACAAAAGUAAAUGGUUUAAUAUGCCCCUGUUGUAUCAACUGCAAGAAUCAGAGCGUCUUUCACUGCUGCAGAAAUGGUUGGACGAUAUCGAGGAGGGGAGAAUCACGGUCUCGAGGGAGGAGCACUAUGAAGACGAUAUGAAUGAAUACAACUCAAGAGUGAGCGUAAACCAAACCAACACCCACCAUAUCGAGGAGAAGAACAUCAGGUUACAAACGGGUCGAAGCGUGGAGUCUGGUGUGCGAGACGAGCUGUAGAGAGUGCAGGAAUCUGUAGCUUCAAGGUGUGCAUGGCGAUUUACGGUCUCAUGGUGCAAAGUGUUGGGCAGGACGAACUGUUCAGUGUGGCCUGAGCAGGGUGAACUGUUGGGCUGGGCAAGCUCCAGCGUGGAAUGAACUGUAUGGUGGACCGGGGAUGAAACUGUGCGGCCUACAGGGACAGGUUGUUGGGAACUGUUCAGUGUGGCAUGGGCAGGGUGAACACGAGUUGGGCUGGGUUCACCUUGGGCUGGGCAAGCUCGAGCGUGGAACGAACUGUAUGGCGGGCCGGGGAUGAAACUGGGCGGCCGACAGGGACAGGUUGUUGGGAAUGCACUAACUGAAUGAGGACGUAGGAUGAUCGUAUACAGAUAGGGUGUGCUGAUAGCCUUGGAACGAGCAGCACGGCGCAAUACCACUACUCUGCAAGGAAAACGGUGUCCCAGAAAGUAAACGUCCCAAAAGUAAAACACCAUGCCUAUCACACUAUGAGCUCAUGUAUUUGUUGAUGAUGCUAUUUUUGUAUGUCAUACGUCAGUGAGUCAUCAUUCAUGUGUAUAUUGUCAUCACUUCAUGCGAAAUAAACUAAACUAU